GUUGCACAUUGCGCUCAAAAUCGGCUAUAACCAGAAUCACCUAUCGCAUUGCUCCCGCUUUACGGUAGGCACCACUGGUACAAGCCGGACAUUUUCAAGAGAAGGAGACAGUCGCGAACAUGUCGUUGGUGAAGGUGAAGAAGGUGGAAGAGGAGGACGAGCAGAUCAUCAAGCCAGAGGCUGUCGCGCCAAAUCUCAACGCCUCAGACUGGCCUCUGCUGCUCAAGAACUGGGAUCAACUCCUCGUCCGAACUGGCCACUUCACACCCAUUCCGAACGGCUGCGCACCUCUCAAGCGCGACCUCAAAUCGUACAUCUCAUCCGGUGUCAUCAACCUCGAUAAGCCCUCGAACCCAUCCUCGCACGAAGUCGUAGCAUGGCUCAAGCGCAUGCUGCGCGUUGACCGCACUGGUCACUCUGGUACCCUCGAUCCAAAGGUCACAGGAUGCCUCAUCGUCUGUAUCGAUCGCGCCACGAGGCUUGUGAAGAGUCAGCAGGGUGCUGGUAAGGAGUAUGUGGCAGUGCUGAGACUGCACGACAAGCUGCCAGGAGGCGAGGCACAGCUUGCGCGCGCGUUGGAGACGUUGACUGGUGCGCUCUUCCAGCGUCCACCGCUCAUCUCUGCCGUCAAGCGUCAGUUGCGUAUCCGAACAAUCCACGAGAGCAAGCUGCUUGAGUUCGACAAUGAUCGUCAGCUUGCUGUAUUCUGGGUUUCCUGCGAGGCCGGAACCUACAUCCGAACACUCUGUGUGCAUCUCGGUCUCCUCCUCGGAGUGGGUGGCCACAUGCAAGAGCUGCGUCGUGUGAGAUCAGGAGCCAUGAAGGAGGAUGACACUAUGGUCACCCUUCACGACUGUCUGGACGCACAAUGGCUCUACGACAACCAGCGCGACGAGUCGUACCUUCGCAGAGUCAUCAAGCCACUCGAGACGCUUCUCACUACCUACAAGCGUAUCGUGGUCAAGGACAGCGCCGUCAAUGCUGUUUGCUACGGUGCGAAGUUGAUGAUUCCUGGUCUCCUUAGAUAUGAGGCCGGUAUCGAGGUCUACGAGGAAGUCGUUCUCAUGACGACAAAGGGCGAGGCUAUUGCACUCGCCAUUGCACAGAUGAGCACCGUCGAGCUUUCAUCAUGCGAUCACGGUGUCGUUGCCAAGGUCAAACGCUGCAUCAUGGAGCGUGAUCUCUACCCUAGAAGAUGGGGCAUGGGUCCAGUUGCAACCGAGAAGAAGAAGCUGAAGGAGAGUGGCAAGCUCGACAAGUAUGGACGUACUAACGAGCAGACUCCAGCUCAAUGGAAGCAAGAAUACAAGGACUUCAACGAGCAGAACGCCGUGAAUGGCACCUCGGGUACCACAGAACAACAGGCUGCAGAAGGCGCUCCAGCAAAGGAGGGCAUCACUGGCAAGGUCAAGGAGCUUCCUUCGAAACAGGACAUUGAGAUGGCUGACGCUGUCAACCCUGCCACCGGAAAGGACGAAGACGAGGAGAAGGCCGAGAAGAAGGCCAAGAAGGAGAAGAAGCGAAAACACGAGGGCGAGACACCAGAAGAGAAGGCCGCCCGCAAAGCAAAGAAGGCAGCCAAGAAGGAGAAGCGAAAGUCGACGGCGACUGCCGGUAGCGACGACAGCGACUGAUCGGUUUCUCUCGUUUCUGCUACUUGGACUGUGUGCUAGAGUCAUCGAUCAUGACUGUUCCAUGGCUCUGCGGCAUGUAUUGGUUUUCUGCUUUCGAAAUGCAUAUUGGCGACUGGGAGGGCAAUGUCGGACAUGACUCUGUAUAGUACGCUAUGAAUGCUAGGCGCAUGAGCGUUGGGAGGCGUACCUGGCGCUCUAUGGAGUUGAUAGCGAGCACGUCGACAUGAAAGUCGAUGCAAAUGAGACAAUUAACAACGUUACCAAAUCG